UGAUCGUUUGUUGCGCGCCGAAUUGAGAAUUGAAAAAUUUUCGUUCGAGUCAACAGUCAACUGACAUUUUCGUUUCGACUUAGUAAAACCUCUGAGAAUUCGACCUGUUGCUGCGACCUUUGGUACUCUUGGCGAUGCCGAAGCUGCGGACAAACUGGUGACCGCAGUUGGUUGAGGUCGUAAGUCGCGAGAGAGUAAAACUUGAAGCUCGCCCGAGACAACCGAGAGAGGAUGGCCGGCAACAUCAAGGUCGGGGUGCGGAUGCGGCCGGCGAUCGCCAGGGAGGAGAACGAGCCGCUGCGGUGGAAGGUUCAGGGCGAGCGCCGCGUCAGCCGCUUCGACGCCGACUCGCAACGCCUCACAAACCCUUUGGAAUUCGACCACGUCUUCUGCGACACGGCCACAAACACGGACAUCUUCAACACUCUGGUGGAGCCGCUGGUGCAGAAUGCCGUCAAGGGCUUCAACGCCACCAUCCUCGCCUACGGACAGACCUCCUCUGGCAAAACCCACACCAUGAUUGGAAACGCGCAGGACCGAGGCAUCGUUCCGCUGACCAUGGAAAAUAUUUUCCACGCCAUCGACACCCUGCCCGAGGAGCGCAGUUUUCUGCUUGGGGUUUCCUUUCUGGAGGUGUACAAUGAAAAGGUGCGCGACCUUUUGAAUCCUGAGAAAAGCGACCUGAAGGUGUUUGAGACGCCAGACGGCAACAUUUCGACCGACUGCCACGUCGAAAUGGUCAACACGUCCACCCAGAUGAUUGAGCUGAUGGACCAGGGCAACAAGAACAAGUCUAUCGGCGAGACCAACAUGAACGAACGCAGCUCGCGCUCGCACACCAUCUUCAGAAUUACGAUUGAGAGCCAGGGUCAGAAGUGCGACGAGGGCGGCGUGGCGCGCGUCUCCCAGAUCAACCUGGUGGACCUGGCAGGGUCUGAGCGCGCGUCCCAAACCGGCGCCACCGGCCAGCGCUACAAAGAGGGCUGCGCCAUCAACCGCUCCCUGCUGCAACUUGGAAACGUCGUCCAGAAGCUCAGUGAGGACAAAGGGGAGUUCAUCGACUACCGCAGCAGCAAACUCACUCGAAUUCUGCAGCCGUCUCUCUCCGGGAAUGCGAACAUUGUCAUGAUUUGCAAUGUGACACCAUUCAGCGCCGACCAGACGGCCAACACUUUGCUUUUUGCUUCGAGGGCAAGUACGAUCAAACUGGAUCCUCACCUGAAUGAAAUCAUGGACGAUGCUACCCUGCUAAAGCGCCACACGAAAAGGAUCCACGAGCUGGAGAAGAACCUUCAGGAGGCUUCCCUGCUCAAAGAGAAGAAUCAGACUUUGGAGAAGGAGAUCGAGAAGUUGAAAGACAUGCUGAUUGUUUCUCGACUGCCUCCAUAUAAACAGGACCGACAGAGAGCGCUGCGGCGCCAGACUUGGGGCGGUCCAGCCUUCAAACUGACCCUGGACGAGCAGGACGCUGAGAAUGAGACGAACGCAAACAUGUUGGACGCGAUCCGGUCUGUGCCUGUAAUGCGGCCCCUUUUGGAGGAGCGCAAAGUGUCCCUGCCCGAGAGCGUCACUGUCAGAGGCGACGACCUUGACCAUUCUGUCUGCAUGUCCAUUGACGAGUUCGAAAACAUCACACCAUUUGCAGACCCCAGCGGGGCGGAGACGCCGCCGUCGAAACUGCGGUCGGAGGUGGCCAGUCUGCGGCAACAGCUGGCGGCCAAGGCUGCCGCGACCCCCGUCCUGAGAGAGCGCAUCGCCCUUCUCGAGCGGGCUAAGAGCCCGGCUGAGGGCACACCGGCGCCGCAGCUGCGGGAGCGCAUCAGGACGCUCGAGGAAAGGCUCCAGGCCGAGCAGUCCGAGGGCGAAAACUUCCGCCGGACGCUUGAGCUGGUGCAGGACGAGCUGCAGAGCAAGACCGAGGCGCUGCAGGCCAAGACGCGCGAGUUUGAGCUCGCGGACAGGCCAGAAGCUCCAGGCACACCGGUCGCCGUCCUCCACGACAGAAUAAAGCAGCUGCAGGAGAUGUCGCGGGAGCUGCCGGGGACGCCGCCGGCGCUGCUGCGGAAGAGGAUGAGGGCGCUGGAGGCGGAGUGCGCCGCGGUCGAGCGCGAGUUGGACGAGCUGCGCGAAUUCACCACCCUCGAGCGGCAAAUGUUCGUCAAGGAGGUGCACCACGAGAACGCGCAGCUGCGACUCUCGCUGGCCGACUUCGAGCAGGUGUGCCGCGACCUGCGCAAGGACAACGCCAACCUUGGCCUGCGCAACCACGACCUUGGAGAGCAGCUCGACCAAGUCUCUGCCGCGCUCGACGCCCUCACCAAGGAGACCGAGACCAACAAGCUCUGGAACUCCAAGGCCAACGAGCAGCAGCUUCUCUGGAAGAAGGAACUGGACCAGUGCCGGCAGCAGAUGACGGAGAUGAAGAACCAGUCACAGGACUGGGUGGACGAGAAGGAGAUGCUGAAGGGCCGGUACGAGUCCAAGAUCAGGGAGCUGACGGCGUCGCUGGAAGAGGCAUGGGCGUCGCAGCAGGCCAGGGCAGACGGCGCCUGUCAGACCGAGGGCGACGAGGAGCCGAGCUGGGCCGAGACGAGCGUGCAGACCGACCACGACCUGGAGCAGCUGCCGGCGUCCAGCUCACAGGUCGAGGACCUGCAGCGGCGGCUGGUCGAGGCCGAGCGCCGUCUUUCCGUAGCGUCGCACAAGCUCGAGGCCAGUUCGCAGACUGACCACGACGACGACCAGCUGCUGGCCUUCGAGCAAAGGCAGGACCGAGAGGCUCGAGACCUGCACAUUCCUCAGCAGCAGAGCCAGGAGGACAGGCUCAGGUUCGAGGGGAUGGAGGCCGAGGUGGCGGACCUGCGGCUGGAGGCGGCCCAGGCCAGUGACCGAGCCAAGCAGGUGGAAGAGUUGUCGCGGGAGGCGGCGGAGGCAGCGCGCGUCCUUAGGGAGGAGAAGGACGAGCUGAUCGCCAGGGUGCAGAGAUUGGAAGGGGAGGGGGAGGAGGCUCGCGAGCGACUGUUCUUCGUGGUGCAGGAAAAGGACAAUUUGCAGACGCAGCUUGAGUAUCAGCAGGAGGCGCUCAACUUCAACCUGGCUGAGCUGAAGCGGCUGAAGGAGGAGGGCCGCGAGCAGCUGCGGGAGGCCGAGGAGCGGGUGCGCCGCCUCGAGUCCCAGUCGCAGGUCUUUGAAUUCCACCACGACUCGAUGACCUUGGCCGCCGCCUCCGAGGUCGAGCAGCAGCUGCGCGACCAGGUCGCCCGGCUCGAGGCCCGGCUCGCAGAAAUGGGGCUCGAGCAGCAGCGCUCCGACCUCUCCCUGCGGAACCACAACCUGGAGGAGAAGCUGUCUGAAACCUUGGAGCAGAUCCAGCAGCAGGGUCUUCUGUCUGAGCUGGUCGGCCAACUGUCGGCGCCGUCGCCACAAAUCGAAGAGUUUAUCGCCCGGCAGCUGCAGGAGCUCAAGGAGGCCAAGGAGGAUUUGGUGGCGGCCAACCAGUCCCUCAAGGACCAACUGCAGCAGAAAACCGAUGCCCUGUCUUCCAAGGAGAGUAUUUUCGAGACUUUUGCGGCGCAUCUGAAAAAACAGCUACAGGAAGUGGCCACGGAAGAGGUGAAUACUGAAUCUGAUGAUCUGCAGGCUCUUCAUGAGCAGCUGUUGGCCGCGUUCAUGACCAAGUCAAAGGCCAUUUACUCGGACCUGCAAGGUGAAAUCAAAACUCUGCAGGAGAAGUUGCGCAAGGAAAAGCAUCUUCUGGAGGAGCAGUCUGAGGCCGUGCAAGUGCUGAAGAGAGAAGAGCAGCAAUUAGUCAAGGAGAAAGAGCUGAAGAUUGCCGAGCUAGAGGCCGAGUUGGAGGAAUGUCGAAGGGCGGCUGAGGCCGUUCUGGACGAUUCUCAGCCAACCAUGAACGGAAAGGAGUUGGGCUUGGCACUGCAGCUGAAUGAAACGCGCGACUGCCUGGAAAUGACCGUGGCUGAGGAGCGCCGGUUGCGAGCCGACGUGGCCCAGAAGGAGCAACAGUUGGCCGACCUGCAAGAUCGCGCCGCCCAACUCGAGGCUGACCAACUCGGUCUGCGCGCCCUGCUUGAUGAGACCAUGAAAGUUGCAGAGGCGGCCAAGGAACAACAAUCAGCAGAUAAAGUCAAGUGGGAGGCCAAGCUGGAGGAAUUGAGGCGGCAAGUGAUGGAGGCGGAGGCGCUCGAGGUGAAAACCUCGGAAGAGCUGAUGGACAAAGUACAGCAACUUGACGUCCUGGCCGCUGCCGAGGCGGAGGCCAAGAGGUCGGUGGCCUGCCUGGAGGCCGCGCUGGCCGCGGCCGAGCUGCAGAGGGAGGCGGACCGGAGGGAGGCCGAGAAGGCGCUCCAAAGUGAGCGGCUCAGGCUUGAGCAAAAGUCUGCAAAGGUGGAAGCGCUGCGCGCCCAGGUCGUCGAACUCACCGCAGCCAAACAGGAACUUCAGACGCUGCAGGGGAAGGUGGGGGAGUUGGCGGCGUCGAGCGCGGAGGUGUCAGCGGCUCGGACCAAGCUGCAGGAGGUGGGGGCGGCCCUGGAGGCGGCGGGGACGAGGGCGGCCGAACUGGAGGCGCGGCUCGAGCUGGCGCAGCGCGAGGCCGAGGCGCGCGCCAAGUUCGCGCGGCAGCUUGAGGAGGAGCUGGCGUGCGUCAGGGCGUCGCAAGACACCCUGGCCGACGCCUCCCUGCAACUGCCCACCCUGGACGCGCGCGGCCUAGAGCAGGCCCUGGCCCUUGAGGCCCAAAACCUGCGCCACGUCGAGGCCCGAGAGGAGCUGGAGGCCGAGCUUGCUGCCCUCAGGGUCACCCUGAGCGAGACCAACACCACCCUGGCCCUGCAGGCUGAUGAGCUCAGGGUCGACCGAGAGGCGCUGCUCAGGGUGCGCGCAGAAAAGGGGCGUGUCGACGACCAACUCGCGGCCCUUGAGGAACAACUGGCCAAACGCGGUCAGCAGACCGAAGAGCUCAGGGCGCGCCUCGCCGCCUUUCAGGCGGAAUUGGUGGAGGAAGGUGUACGUCAGGACAACGCGCGCUUCGAGGUGGAAUUGCGGCUGCAGCAGCAGAUAGAGUUGGUGGCGACGCUCGAAACCAAAAUCACCGAGACCAACACGCUGCUCAACAAGGUAGGCGGGGAGCGGGACGUGCUGGCGAUCAGGGUGGGUGAGCUGCGCGAGCAGGUGGCGACCCUGAGCGUGGGCCGCGUCGAGCUAGAGGAGAAGGUGAAGGAGGCGGACGCGGAUUACGAGGAGCUGCUGGUGGCGUACCGGGAGGUGGAGGCCAAGGGGCGGGCGUUCCACGCGCAGGCCGUGCGCCUGCGCGAGGACAAGGAGGGCCUGGAGGCGGCCCUGAGCGCCGCCCUGGCGCGUCAGGAUUCAGGUCGGCUCGAGGCGCGCGUGGCCGAGUUGCAGGGGCAGCUGGUGGUGGCGCGCCGCGACCUCUCCACCGCCAGGGGCGAACUCAUCCACCUCCGCCUCAACCCCCAUCCGCCCCCAGAUCUCUCCUACAAAGCCACCUGCGCCGAACUCGAGCGCAAGGUCGCGCACCUCCAGAAACAGGUGAAGGAGUUGGAGGUGGAGGCGACGUUGGCACGCAUGAAGAGGGAGGUGCGGCCAGAGGGCGUCGAGUGCGGGGUGCAAACGGCCGCCCCCAGGGUGCAGGACAGCGGCGUGCAGGUGCCCCCCGACAACGAGGCGCUCUUUGACCAGCUCGAGGGCUUCACCCCCGCCAGCGCCAUCACCGAGGCGGGCCGGUUGUACGGGAUGCGCGAGCAGAUUAGGGCGCUCACCGUCAGAAACGAAGAACUUGUCAAGGACCGCAAGUUGUUCAAGGACGUGCUGCGCAAACGCCUCGCCACCAUCAAGAGCCUCGAGGCGCAGAUCGCUGGCAGGGAAACCCACCCCGGGCAGGAGAACAAAACAAACCCCCUUGCCCACAAGAACUGAACUUUUCCUUCCCUCGCCUUCACUUUCCUUUCGUUUGUGUAAUUAUUGUAACAAUUUUUAUUUGUGAAUUUGCUCUCUUUGCAACACCAACAUAAUAAAGAUACAAGAUAAUCAAGAA